CACUUCUCCCCUCCGGCCUCCGCUCCUCCCAUUCCCGUUCUUGCCUAGAAGAAAUAUCGGCGAGGGCACCCGGCACCACCGAGAUCGAGCUCCAGAGAGGAAGGCCAGCCAGCCAAGCCAAGCCAUGGAUGCUUCGGUCCUCAACAACCCGCGCCUCAAGGCGCUCAUAGAGGAGGAGAGAACGAAGGCCUUGACAAACGAGCUCGUGGCAAAGCUGACUCAUGUUUGCUGGGACAAAUGCGUUACUGGGAGCAUCGGAAGCAGCUUCAGCAGGAGUGAGGCUUCGUGCUUGUCCAACUGCGCAAAACGCUUCGCAGAAGUGAAGAUGAUGACCAUGCAACGCUUCACCGAGCGCUAGCUGAAGUCACAUCGGCGUUUCUCUACAGCUAAAAUUCUUGUACCCUCUGGACCAUCCAAACAGAGUACAUGUGUUGUGCUGUAGCACGAGUUCUGCUAUAUUUUUGCUGGCGCACUAUUGUUAGUGAAAUUGAUAGAAAGGCAUGCCCAAUGUGUCAUGUUCUGUUAGUACUUCUCUAUGCUUUAACCUGGAGUGAAGCAGAGGCCAAAAAAUGCUCCUA